AUGUGCCAUUUCUGCUCAUUUCAGCUCACCGGAAUCAACUUGAAUCACAUGCUUUGUCCAGCUGUGUCGGAUCCUUUUGAAGGACCUCACUAUCGUGUGAUCGCCAUGAUUCACCAACCGGCUUUGAUUCUCAUUCUGGGCAAAUGUGUCACCUGUUUCAGCCUAAGGUGGUUUGGUCAACCCAUACCUUGGCAAAAUACACUGGCUACUGACACCACAAUGACUCAGGUGAAACGACCUGAACGAGGCUCCGAUGCAACCAGAUUGUUAGACUCAUGGUUAGAUGCCAAUUCUGACCAGGAGCCGAUGCCCAUCGGUGCAGCUUCAUGGUGUUGGUCAGAUUUGUUUCGAUAUCAAACGUAUUGGUUUGAUUGGCGUGUCAUGACUUACUGGACAGCAUCAAGAGAUGCAUCGAUGGUUGGCCAUUCGAGUGUGUCCCCGGAGAACAAUAACAACGGCAAGUCAUUGUGA